CCGUGAUAGGGGAAGCGGGAAAGGCGGUUUAACUGUCAAAACGAGGCGCGGGAAGAGAGACAGGCUGGGUAAAAAAAAGGUCUCCCGAAAGUCGCCGAAGAAGAAAGGAUAUAAAGAUGGUGUUCUGGUUUUAUAAUCCAGCAGUUAAGUAAUCCAAAAGAGAAAACAUCUAGGGUCUGAUAAAAGAUUAAAAGAACCAGAGCUGUCAUGGCUAUUAUUAGUGGAGACGCAAUUAUCCCCCUGUUUGGCAGUGGCACCUGUGGCAUAGCACCAAAAGCAGGGUCAGUUCUUGCUGGUGUCUAUAUGAUCUUAAUGACCAACAUGUAUCUUAUCUUUGAGUUUAGACAUCUAAGCCUUGUACCAAUUAACGUGGCAACGACUGAAACAAAAGGCAUAACAUGGAUUAUUCCAUAUUGCUAUUACACAGCAAUAGUUUUGGCUUUUAUAACUUAUCCUAUAUGUUUCUAUUAUUUAUACUGUAUCUACAAGAGAAUAAUUGUAGGUCUAUAUAUGUACUUUGUCUGGAUAAUAUUUUAUGAUAUGGCCAACUUAAUCAUUCUAGUCUUGACUAACAAGGCUGCAUACCAAUCUACAUUUUCGGUCAGUCCUUUAGAAUGGUUUGGAUUGGCCAGUAGGAUUCCUGUGGACUGUUUUUGGCUUUCUUUUGUUAUAACAUAUGCUAACUUGCUUGUUGAAGGAAGAAGUAUAGGGAGGAUGUCAUUAAAGCCAAGGCGGAUAUCAAGGCAUGUUGCAGAACCCCCUAAGUUUAGAUUGGGUAUGAGUGCUAAGAGAGUUCAGUGGUAGCUAUCAAACUACUGUUCUAUGCAAUUAUGAACACCAGGCCUGCACAAUACCUAGCAUAUCAAAAAUGCAUAUUUAAUAUAUUUCUGUCUAUUAGCUGUUUGAUACCUUUGCUUAUCCAGAAUAAAAUUAGGGUGAUUGUCAGGAACCUUGCAGGCCAUGAUAAAUGGUAACUUCAGGACCAAUAUAUGUAUUUAUGAAUCCUAAGUAAUUUCACAUAGUUUUACUUCACUAUCUUAUUGGAUUGACCUAAAUGUCUUU